CGCACAGCCUCACACSGCUCCAAGAUGGCCGACGCGGCGUCCGGCAGCUCCGGCACGAGGUCCGGCAGCAAGCAGCCCACGACGCCGGCCGAUAACUACUACCUGGCGCGGCGGCGGACGCUGCAGGUGGUGGUGAGCUCCCUGCUCACCGAGGCGGGCUUCGAGAGCGCCGAGAAGGCGGCCGUGGAGACGCUCACCGAGAUGCUGCAGAGCUAUGUUUCCGAGAUCGGAAGGAGCGCCAAGUCCUACUGCGAGCACACGGCGAGGACGCAGCCGACGCUGUCCGACAUCGUGGUGACCCUUGUCGAAAUGGGAUUCAACGUAGAGACGCUCCCUGCGUAUGCCAAGCGCUCCCAGAGGAUGGUCAUCACUGCCCCUCCUGUGACCAACCAGCCGGUGACUCCGAAAGCCCUGACAGCCGGACAGAACAAGCCACAUCCAUCCCACAUCCCCGGCCACUUCCCUGAGUUUCCAGAUCCUCACACCUACAUCAAGACGCCAACCUAUCGGGAGCCAGUUUCAGAUUACCAGGUGCUGCGGGAAAAGGCAGCAUCCCAAAGACGGGAUGUUGAAAGAGCUCUCACGCGCUUCAUGGCAAAGACAGGAGAAACACAGAGCCUCUUCAAGGAUGACGUUAGCACAUUCCCACUGAUUGCUGCCAGGCCUUUCACAGUACCCUACCUGACAGCUCUUCUUCCCUCUGAGCUGGAAAUGCAGCAAAUGGAAGAAACAGAUUCAUCUGAACAAGACGACCAGACUGACACAGAGAACCUCCCCCUGCACAUUACCACGGAUGAUUCGGGACCUGAAAAAGAAAAUGCUUCAGUGCUACAGCAGAACACCUCCCUGUCGGGCAGCCGGAACGGGGAGGAGAACAUGAUCGACAAUCCUUACCUCCGGCCCGUGAAAAAGCCUAAGAUUCGCAGGAAGAAGUGAAGUGCAGCCAGCUGACUGCCCAGAGCAAGAGGAGCCCAGUUUUCGGGCUGUCCUGGCUGUCACCACUGCUGCUGUAGAUGAGAGACAUGGCACAAGACAAGAGGAACAAGCAGGCUGCUAGAGCGGCAGGAGCAGGGAUGUGAUCUCUCCUGCACUGUCAUCCUGUCCUGCAGUGCUCCCUAUUCCCCUCCACUCCUGCUGACGUGGAACGGUGAAUAGUCAAUGGCCUUAAAGGCAUUUGAGGCCACCUGGUUACAGAUAGGAACAGUCUUGGUUAUUUUUGUUCCUUGUUUCUGUGUCUAAGGAGAACAGGCACACAGGUCCCUCCCUGCUGCUUAGUGCUUCCCAGCAGACACUACAGGAUACAAGGACAUAAUUUGUGGCUGUCUCACAGGUUAGAAGAGAAACUGACUCAGUCUGGCCUUAGAAUCCAAGCAGCAUGUGUAACAAACAGAAGAAGCCCACAGAAGUUUUCUGUUUUUAAGCUAUCUUUGUAUUGUUGGCAGGUAAAAGCAAAUAGACUCUUCUAAACUGAAGGUGUUUGAUAUGUUGGUAGGAGAGCAGUGUGUAAGUACAGAACCAAGAUGGCAUUUUACGAGCAUYUUACUGACUACAGCUGCACUUGUAACUUAAGCUAAGUGUAGUGUUUACACUGCUCUGCUUAGAAGUUAUUUUCCAGCAGAAUGUAUGUUAGGAUGUAACAGCUGCUUCGGGGCAUUUUUCAGUUCCAAAGUUAGUUCCAACACAGCACAAAUCCCUUGAGACUUCAAGCCCUCGCCAGCURUUUGAAAAAAGCUGUGCUGAAAGUCUUGGUAUAUGGAAUAAAGCGGUAUCRAGUUUACAGUCCAGAGGGUCAUUCUGUUGUUCACAUUUUUUUAUUUUAUCAUUUCUCAGUUAAGAACUUUUAUCCACAGAGUUCUCCCCCCACCCACCAUGUUCUUGCGAGCAGAAUCCUUCUUUUCAGCAGGGAAAAUGAAUGAUGAUGGGAGUUUUGUGAUCAUUAGCUAACUUGUGAGGCCUUUCC